CUGGCAAUACAAUGUCUACCUUUGUCAGCUUAAAGUCAAAACAAAUGUCAUUUAUUUUACUUUUUGCGGAUAUUUUUAGAUAUUUUACUUAUUUUUCCAUGUACUCUCGUGAAUAAGGGUUGUAUAAUAUAUUGCAACUAAAAAAAAACAUGUUGGGAGGCUGUCUGAAAGGUGGCAUUGACAAGUGUAAUUUGUAUAGAGUUGCCGGUGUCCUCAAUAGGCGGUUUUCGAGCCGCUUAGAUGCAUUGGACUACGAAGAAAAAUUAGAAGAUUGCUUGUCAGUACUACCAUCCAAAGCAAAGGUGGUAAUAUGCGGCGGGGGUGUAAUGGGGGCGGCUGUCGCGUACCACCUGGCCAACCGGGGGUGGGGUGACAGAACCGUAGUCGUCGAGAAAGAAAAAGUGGGUGCAGGGAGUCGCUGGCAUUCAUCAGGCCUUGUUGGAGCAUUCAAGCCAACACUUGCUCAGGUGAGGCUUGCCCAGUCCUCAAUUAGGCUUCUUAAGGAGCUUGAGGCUCGUGGUAGGCCCACAGGGUGGAAACAAUGUGGUUCACUAUUAUUGGCAAGAACAAGAGACCGCAUGACUGUUUACAGAAGAAUGAAAAGUCAGUCUGUAUCGUGGAGCAUAGAUUGUGACUUAGUUACACCAAAGAAAUGUCAUGAAUUAUUUCCAAUGCUGAAUGUUGAAGAUGUGCUUGGAGGCCUGUGGAUUCCAGGUGAUGGUGUAGGAGACCCGCAUUUGCUCUGUAUGUCUCUUAUGAGAGAAGCAACUGAUAAAGGUGUGGGUGUGAUGGAAGAUUGUUCUGUGACAGCUGUGCUAUCGAAAGACGACAAAGUGUCUGGAGUGGAAACUACAAAUGGUGCAAUCGAGUGUGAUUACUUUAUCAACUGUGCGGGCUUUUGGGCUAGACAGGUCGGACAGUUGGCACGACCGCAGGUGAAAGUACCCUUACUACCAUGUGAACAUUACUAUCUGCAUACCAAGCCCAUUGAUAAUCUUGAUCCAAUGACUCCAGUCAUCCGAGACCCAGAUGGUUAUAUAUAUCUUCGAGAAAGAGAUGGAUGCAUUUUAGCAGGUGGAUUCGAACCAAUUGCGAAACCUGUUUAUGAGGAAGAAAUCGAGAACGCGUCACAACGUUGUUUGCCCGAAGACUGGGAUCACUUCCACGUGUUGCUGCAGGAGUUGCUGCAACGGGUGCCCGGUCUGAACCAGGCCGUGCUCCACAAGCUGUGCAAUGGACUAGAGGCAUUCUCUCCUGACUGCAAGUGGAUCGUUGGAGAAGCACCAGAGAUGUUGAACUACCACGUGGCGGCCGGCAUGAAGACUGUGGGCAUAUCCGCUGCCGGUGGCGUCGCUGAGGCGACGGUUGACGAGAUCAUCGACGGCUACAGCAAGUACGAUAUGCAUGAGUUGGGCGUCAAUCGUUUCCUUGGACUGCACAACAACAAGAGAUUCCUUAGAGACCGCGUUAAGGAGGUUCCAGGCGUUCAUUACGGCCUUCCGUAUCCGUUCUACGAAUUCGAGACUGGUCGUAACUUGCGCUUGUCUCCCAUCUACCCGACACUGAGAGACAACGGAGCAGUCUUCGGUCAGGUUAUGGGCUACGAGAGACCAACGUGGUUCGAGACCGUAGAGAAUGAGAGCGAGAAACCGCGUCCGUUCAAGAUAGCGCACACGAGAACUUUCGGGAAGCCGCCCUGGUUCGACGCGGUGCAGCGUGAGUACUGGGCGUGCCGGGAGCGGGUCGGCCUCUCCGACUACUCCUCCUUCACCAAGAUAGACAUACAGUCUCAAGGUCGCGAGGUGGUGGAACUCCUGCAGUAUCUCUGUUCCAACGACGUGGACGUUCCCGUCGGGAGUAUCAUUCACACUGGAAUGCAGAACGAGCGAGGGGGUUACGAGAAUGACUGCAGCCUGGCUAGGAUAUCGGAGAACCAUUACAUGAUGAUAGCUCCGACGAUCCAGCAGACGCGCUGCAAGGUGUGGCUGAAGCGACACCUGCCCAGCAAUGGUUCGGUGACCCUCUCCGACGUGACGUCGAUGUACACCGCCAUCUGCGUCAUGGGUCCGUUCACGAGGAGUUUGCUCUCCGAACUGACCGACACUGACCUGUCGCCUUCGAACUUUCCGUUCUUCACGUUCAAGGAGAUCGACGUCGGUCUGGCCAAUGGGAUUCGGGCGAUGAAUCUGACGCACACCGGAGAGCUGGGAUAUGUGCUCUAUAUACCUAACGAGUUUGCUCUCCACGUGUACAAUCGCCUGAUGACUGUGGGUGAGAAGUACGGGAUAAGCCACGUCGGUUAUUAUGCGUCGCGUGCGCUACGCGUCGAAAAGUUCUUCGCUUUUUGGGGCCAGGAUCUCGAUACGAUGACGACUCCUCUAGAAUGUGGACGCACGUGGCGUGUUAAAUUCGACAAAGACAUAAAGUUCAUCGGUCGGGAUGCCCUCCUGAAGCAGCGGGAGGACGGUAUCCGACGUCAAUAUGUCCAAUUGUUGUUGACCGACCACGACCACGAGCUGGACCUUUGGUCGUGGGGCGGGGAGCCGAUAUAUAGAGACGGGAACUAUUGUGGUCAGACAACCACCACCAGUUACGGAUUCACAUUCAAGAAACAGGUAUGCCUUGGUUUCGUCGAGAAACGCGAUAAGGACGGUGUUACGCAGAAAGUUGACAACGAUUACGUUCUGAGCGGCCAUUAUGAGAUCGACAUAGCCGGGAUAAGGUACGCGGCAAAAGUAAAUCUGCACUCCCCGAACUUACCAACGAAGUAUCCCGACAAGGAACGCGACGUCUACCAGGCAACGAGGAAACUGCACGAGCCCCAACAGUUCCUCGGCCGGCAUUACCAGCCGUAAAACUGUAUCCAGCCGAACUGGAAUGCUGAACUUUGACAAGGAAUUCAAAAUGCUUGCAAUCUAAGAUAACAAACAGUAUAAAAUUAAUAGUAGUAAUACCUAAUUAUAUAGAUAUAGUAUAGCUUCUUCAUAGUUACAUUUAUUCCUCGAUUAAGUAUAAAAGUAAUCGAUUUUCGCUAUUAGUAAAUAUUUUCAUGAACAUAAAUGUCUGUCUAACUAAAGAGCAGACCAAAAAAGGAAUGAAAAUUUGAAAUAUUUCUAAAUGUUGCCUAAUUCUUUUCUUUUUUUUAAAUUCUUUUUUACUUUUUAAUUAUUAUUUUUACAUUUGUUUUAAUUUCACUCGAUCAUCAUCACAUUACUUUAAUCAUUUUAACAUCAAUUAUCCUAUUGCAUAAGUCAUUAAAAACGAAAAAAAAAAAAAAAACAUUUCUAAAAAUGUUAUCCUUUAUUAGUUAGUUAACUUAGUUUUUUUUCUUUAUUAUCAUCAUUUUUUUAUAUUAUAUUUUUUUAAAGAGUUAAACUCUGUUAGUUUGUAGUUACUUUAAAAGAAUAAUAAUCAAAACACACCAUAAAUGCUCAAAAAACUUAAAAUAUAGUCGAUACAUAUAGGCUUAUAGCGCCCAGGAUGUAAUUAAAGGUUGUCUAAAGGUAAAUGACAGUUUAGAUUGUAAGUACGUAAUUAUUCUAAAUAGAUUUAAUUAAUUAGUAGUUAAUAAUAGUAAUAAUCUACUAUUUCACUUUGAACAACAACAAAAAAAACCUAAUUAUAAUUUACUUCUAUUUUUAAUGAGAGUUUCAAUAUAGUGCAGUAAGAGGCAGAUACUGUAGUAGUAUAUUGUUCUUUAAUGUAUUUUUUGUUUUAAUUUUUUUUUUUCUGAGAAUCUCAUUUAUUUUUACGAAUUAUACAAAUGAAAUUCUUUCUAAUUAAGAUUAAUAUUAAUUUCGUGGCGUCGCUAUAUAAAAGUCCUAUGUAGCGGAAUCGACAUUUUCAUUUAUUUAGUUUUAUGGUCGACGAUGAGGAGGAAAUCUGCCUUCGAUUAGGAUUUCAGUACUCGCGUUUAAUAUGUUGCUUGCUCGUGGCGUAUUGAAUGUUUCUAGGGUCACGGAUUCGAAGUCACGAACCGAUGUCUAUGCGGUUUUGUCUUCCAAAAACGUUCAGAACAUAUUUGUUGGUAAUUCGAUGAGAUUUGUAACAAAACGAGCGUGCAACUAUUAAGGCAACAAGAAAUACGAGUGUGAACGAUACGCUGUGAACAUCGAUAAUUUCACGCAGCAAACUUUUUUUUUGUUUUUUUUUUUUUUUAAGCUAACUUAGGGUUUUCAUGUAGUUAUAUUUACUUUCACUUAGUUCGGAGGUAUCGAAUACUGAAUCCGAAUGGUGAUUAAUCUUAUAAUUUGAUAGGUAGUUGUUCUCGUUGGAGAAGAAGCAUUAUAGCGUGAUCCUCCUGACUAACUUUAUACAGGGGGUUCACUUUUGUUUCUCAUUUUAAUCUUGUUAAAUAUUAAUUUGGGUGUUUAAUUUUUUUGUUGACGCUUUCCAAUCGGUGUCGACUAGGGUGACUUUUAAAAAUUAGUAUUAUUUCGUAUUAUUUUCCUUGUUUUUUUUUUUUUUUUUUAAAUAUAAUGUUACCCACUUAGAAUAUUUAAGAUCGCUGAGCUGAACUGUUUUCAAAUGGUGCCUUGAUUCGAAUUUUCUUUUCACUAUCGUUUGUUUGUUUGGAGCCUUGAAUUGUUUUUACAAGGUCAGACGUGAGUGGGAUGUGAACGGUUUUUAACUUGGGACGGCGUUAUACAAUAUGCGUGCACGCUGCUAGCACUUUUAAUUGGGUGUAAAACAUUCUACUCAAUACAUUCGGCAGAUUCGAAAACGUUUAUCGUUCGGUUUAGAAUUAAAUAUGUUUUUGUUUUUCGUUUAUUUUAAGAAAAUUUUAAGCUGCUUUCAGCUUAUGAUGGUGCCUUAAUUCGAUUGUGUUCUUAAUAUUCGUUUGUUUCGGUUUAAAAAAAGGAUUUUGACGUUCGGUUUUUAUAACUUUGUUUUUCAGAAGAGUUUUAUAUAGUUAAUGCAUCGAGAGAAGUUUUUUUUUUUAUAUUCUCUUAUACUAAACGAUACUCAUUCAAAAACAAACACAUAAGUAUCGGUUUAUAUCUAUUAUUUAAAAUCAACGUUUCUCCUUCAACACAUAAGUUCAAGUUAUAGUUCAUAAAUUAUAAUUCACUUACAGUACUUCAUUGAGCUUACGUUCUCUCGGUGUAUUUGCUGAUUCGGGUCGUUUGAAAUUAGUGUUUAAUAUUCCGUAAAUGUAACUCUUAAAACAAUAUGCGUAAAUAUGCAUAGAACAUUUGAGACAUAAGUAAAAAAAUGUUGUUCAUUGUCUGCAGAAUAGACAAUUCGAAGUCAACAAUACUAAAGAAAGGUGAUGCAAUUGUAUUUGAUAAGUUUAAAAUAUUUAAAAAAUGUCGUCAAUGUUAAAAAUGCAAAAUAAUAUUCAAGACUAAUUUAAAAAGAUCCGUGAGUCGGUAGAAAGCGUUUAGGUGGGAGGAUCUUGGUGCGGGGUCCGACUGGCUAGUUACCACCACCUUGCCUGUUUCUAUCGCAAGACAAUAUGAAUGUUGUUUAAUUGCGUUACGACGGGCAAGGGAUCCAGUUUUCACGGGCACCAGAGGAAUAAUACCGUAGUCCUCAAGGUGACGCAUCUUCAUUUGCAGAUGCUAUUGUGAUGCAGUAAUCUACUUAAGACCAGGUGGUUAUUUGCACUAAUAUGUCACCCAUUAGCAGACGGCUGGUUAAUUCUAUCACACUCAUCGUUAAUAACCAGGUGUAAUUUUCAUGAAGUCACCGCAUGUUAUCUCUCAUAUCUUCUCCCCCAUUUAAUGAUCAAGUUACAUUUCUUGAUACUCAUAAAUACCAUCAUUCCAUAAUCUUCACUAUUCUCGACUAUUAUCUUACUAAGGAUAACUUUCGUCAUAGAAUGCUCUUUAAAAUGUUAAACGAAAACUGUUGACUGCAAACGAACUCUUUGGAUCUUUAGACAAUCAAUCGAUAAUGUGUGAUGAAUUUAAUUGCCUUGUCUGUAUGUCUUUGGCUGCUUCCAAUCUGGAUGAACGGAGGGUGUGGGAAUGCAGGGGGGUGAUUGGAAGGCACGCGUUGUUUAGUUAGAUCCCUGUCUGACUAUUGCGCUUUUUCUUCGUUUUUUUGCUACAAAUUACUCUGUUAUGGUUUGCGUGAACUCGCAAUUACUAGUAUGACAAAUCUCGUUAAAAUUGAACGAAAUUGUGGGAAACGUUAACUUGCAAGAUCUGAGAGUGGUUUUUUUUACAGCUGUAACGGUUUCAGGGGCACUCGAUUUGAGGCGAAACUCGAACAAUGAAUACCCAUGAUACAUAACCUCUCGGUUCUCUGUUUCUUCAUAGUUUCGUUGUUUUAUUUAAACUGUGUCGAUAAUGUUCUUGAGCGACUCUGACCCGGGGUACGAGACCUUAGCCGGUAACAAUUUUACUGCAGGUCUGUGAACUAUGCGGGCUAUUUAACGUGCAGUAUCGUGUUGGAAUUUUCGUAUUUCAAUAAUUAUUUUGAGCGAGUGAAAUUUGUAGCCUAUGAUUAUUUUUGAGUGCUCGUAUUCAUAUGUGUAUGAUUUUAGGUUGGCAGGUCAGAAUUGGGGGCUGACGACUUGUCGUUACGUGUUUUGGAUUUUUUUUCUCGGGUCGUACGAUCGACGAUUGUCAUGGGGGGUCAUAGGGGAGAGUGGGUUGCGCGGAAUUAAUACUGGUCGGUUUUGUUUGUUGUUGGUCAUGUUCGUACACAUCCAGGUCGACGUCGUUUUAUGUAGAGAUGCGCAAAUAUUGUCCGAUUCCCGAUUAGGUUCGAUUUCCCCUUUUAAAAAUAUGUAUCAGUAUACAUUAAAACAUGAAUACUCGUGACGAAUGCGUAAUCCAGCUAAUGCGAGAUUGGUACUUCGAUUGCGAUUUUUUAUUGUUUCUAAUUUUUUAUUCUGGAUAAACAUUAACAAAGAAAGUUCACGAUAUUACGUUUGGCGGCGUACCAAAAUUCUUAUGGCAACAUUGAAUUACGUUUGCCUUCGUAAGAUAAUAAAAAAAAAAACAAUAUCAGUAAAAUGGCUUCCUCGGACGUGAACCCUAUUUAUGAUUCUGCCAUUUGAGUGAUGCAUUUGUAAAAUUUGUUUUUAUGGUACUACAUAUUGGUAUUUUAUUUUGAUCUUCUCAAGCACGGAAAGUGUCUUUAAUUUUAUAGUUAAAACUAUUAUUUGGUAGUACUGUAAAUAUAUUUUAAUUUCUUUUUUUUUGGUAUUAUUUUAAAAUGAAUUUCUCGUAUGAGGAAACGUUUAAGGAGUUUACGUCAAUUUGAAUUCGUUUGUUUGAAGAAUUCGUGCUUUUGUCGAACUUUUUUAAUUCCUCAUAAGACCGAUUUAUAAAGAGGCAUGUGGAUUUGAAUGGAAACCAAGAAAUCCGCAUUAUUAUUCAGUAAACGUUUCCUUGUAGGGCGACCAGCGCGAUCGCAUUGCUACGGUCGUUUUGCGGAGAAAUUCACGAGGCUGGAUACCGUCACAAUGUGUUCAAUAAAUGUAUAGAUAUAUUUUAUGUGUCGCACGGCGCUGCGGCCAUUUUUAAUUGUAAGUUGUCUCCCUUUUUUGUUGAGCUCGGCUGCCGGAUGGCGCACUGGCAAAUCUUGGCUCCCGAUGUUCUAGUUGCAGUCGUCUCGCUCGAAGCGAUUGUGUACAUGGCCAACUAACGAUUAGUUAAGCGAUCGUCAUUAUUUUUUGGUAAUUAUCGGAUACUUCUGUCUUCUUAGUGUUACUUCUGUGAAAUUGAAGUUGUUAACGCGAUACGGAAUAAUCCAGAUGGAGCAUUGCGUUGUUUAAGUUUUUGAAUCUCGCAUCCACUGCAGUGUGAGGUUUUCGCAAUGCACUCAAGUGUACUCGUACUGCUAAUCAGAUAACACGACACUUAUAUUUGUUUUCGAAUUUCUAAAUUACGCCAGAUUUUUCACCUCUUUCCUUUUUACUUAACACACGUAUUUCGAAGCCGCUCAUCGACCUUUUGAUUGUGGGUCAUAAGCGCACGUUUUACUUUUCCUAUCGAUGGGCGGAUUUUUGUUAAAAUUGUUGUUUAUGAUUUCGGUAUUUUGUAAUUUGAGUGAGCCCUUUUCAUUCAUAAAUCUACGAUUCAAAUUGAAAAGUCACUUAAGAUCGUUCAAAAAUAAAUACGAUUGUUCAUGUACCUAUGUUUUAGUCACUGUUUUCAUGUUACAUUCAAACGAUCAUUUCAUUUGAUCAUUCGUUCAUUUAUCAUUCAUUCAUUUAUCAUUCAUUCGUUCAUCGUUCAUUAACUCGUUUAUCUAUAAACUAUUAUGCUACAUUCACUCGUUCAUAUUUCAUUGAAUCAUUAUCCAUUUACCAUUCAUUAAACUAUGAAUCAUUAUGUUCAUUUGAAAUAAAUAUCAGUUUUACAAAAUACUCAUAUCAUAUGUUUCUUUCAUUCAUUCAUUUUCAUUGAGACUACGAAAUAUUUGGUGUCUCUUACAUUAAAUCAUUCAUUAAACUAUAACAAAUCAAAUUUUCAUUACAUAUUGAUCGUUCACAUAAAUCACUGUUUUAAAGAUUGAUUUCAAAGGAAGCUAAAGUUUUCGUUUGUUCCAUAAAGACAAGUUAAUUAUCUAAGACUACUUAUCAAUUAAUUACUCUUAGUUUUGUACUGUUAGGGAACUUAGAUGUAAUAAAUGUACAAUAAUUUCAGCAUAUUUCCGUCAUUAGGCGAACAUAUUAUACUGUAAUAUGUUUUCUCUUUCUAUAUUAAAACUAAACUAUAUUUUUCACUGUUCAUUUUUUUCUACAUUUGGCGUGUCCUGCAUUCUUGCUCAUCUAACAUGCUUCAUCGUUUUCGCCUUCGCGGCUAUGAUCUACUUAAUAUAUCAUUUACUAAUAUAUCAAUCAAUUUAUUCGAAGUAGUAAUAAAAUAACCACGAGAUAAUUAGUCGUGAAUUAAUUUAGGUUUAGAUUAAUGUAUGUCAACAAUACACUGUUAUUCUUUUUGUGUGACCCGAGUGAAGUGAUCUAAGAAUAUUUAAAAAAUCCUACGUGAAAGAUGUUACAUUAGUAACUGAGAUACGGGUAAAGUAACGAUGAAGAGGAGUGAAAAGUUACUUGAGAUUUGAAUCUGAAAAAAGACGAGAAAUUCUGAGAAGUUUUCGUAAAUUCAACUGAACUACAAAACAUCAAUCGCAACAUUCAGCUUAAUCGAUCUUUUAAUUCAAUUGACGUACACACAAUUAUAAUAAAUAAGGAAGGAAUUGAGAGGAAGUUAUCGCUGAAUCUUUGACUUAUAAUCACAAAGUGCACUUAAAUAAAAUACGAUGUCUUCCUGUGUUUGAAUUACGCGCGUGUCAAAGAUCAAAUGACGCUGCAAGAUUGGUGAACGAAUGAAUGAAUGAUGAAUGAAACGACCGAUUGAAAUGAAGAUGAACUAUUUGUAACCAGCUGUGGUUUGGGAAGCUAUCUAUCUAUCAGUAUAAAAGCGUAUUGUUGACAUAGUGGUUCUUGUAUUUCGGGUUUCAGCCGCGGAACCAUAGCGUAUAGUGAUUGUAUAAUCAAAUCGUAUGUUCUACCUUCAAGACUGAUAUUUGCAGAAAAAAACGUUGUUUUCUACGCAACGGAUUCAUUUUAAAGUAAUCAGCCGAAUGAAGCUGAUAGUUUCUUUCUAUUCGAGUUUCUUGGGCUUCUUACUAAUAAAUCAUUGUAUGAAUAGUUGAUCACGCAGCCCGAUGCCAAACUAGAUAUUUUAAUAUUAAGUUGCAAAUUCAAUUUUAAGGGGUCGUUUACGUAAAUAGAUUUAAGUACUCUGUAUGUGUAAGCCGAUUUCAAAAGGCGUCUAUGACUAUAUUAUCGCAAAUCAAUGUGUAGAUUUAGACUUUUUAACAUAUUGUAUGAUCCAAAUAAUCGAACCUUAAGGUUUAUUCGUGUAUGCAUUAUUCUAGUCCUUUGUUUCGCAGUGAUAUUGGCCAUGGUGGAGUUAAUGGGAAAUGAAAGAAAUUAUAUGGAUUGGACAAUGGAAACAAGGGACUAUAUUUAGUUUUUAAGUUCAGGUCCGUUUUAUAAAAGGAAUCUUUUUAAUGAGAGCGGCCACUUCAGUAACCGUCGAAAUGUGAAAUUAAUGUGAAAAGCGUGAUUUAUUAUCCGCUGCGCCGCUGCGGUCACAUGGUUGUGUAAAAAUGAUUCCGAACUUCGUGGCGGGUACUCGGAAGUUUGUUGACGCGAAGCAAUCAUAAACUAGUUGUAUAGAAAAUGUGUCGAAAGAAUGAGAGAAGGCUACAAAUAAGUAGUUGAUAUGCGAAGAGAUUGGAAAUGUGAUGGUAGAUAUAAAUACGCGGGAACUGUGAUUAGUCAAUUAGUAUUUUGCGCGUGCUAAAAGUUGUUUUACGCAACGAAAAAUUGUCUAUAUAAAACGGGCCUAUUAAUAUGAAGUAUUGUCUAUUUGACUGAAAACGAAAGGUUGUAGGAAUAUAAAUAAAAUUUCUGUUUCUUUCUUUUUUUGAUACGUAUUACUUUGAUACUAGUUCUAUACGUUUUUGUACUCCAAUAUGUAGGGAAAUGACAUUGGGCACGCACUGUGCGUGUAACAUACGUAUUGAUUAAUAUUAAUAAAGAAUACGAGCGAAAUGUACUGAUUAUAAACAAUAUAGCAAUUAUUGUGCAAUAAAA